AUGAUAAUCAAUUAUAAACUAUUCAAAUCUACUGCUAUCCUCUAUCGUCUGGCAAUUCUCAUUGUCCUAGUGAUAAUAUCAAUAUUCGGUUAUCGAUAUUUUCAUCCAGAUGAAACUUUCAACAUUGUUAAAUUGUUAAAAUUGCUCAAAUCUCUCACUGUGAUCUCAUUGGCUUUAUCGAUUGUGUAUUUUGCUACGAUUACAUUGUUUCAAUGUAUUAGAGGAUAUAAAAUACAUGGUUACUUUUACAUACUUGCGCUUACAUACAGUUGGGUAGCAAUGUGGAUGUAUUGGUUGGUACUUGCAGUGUAUCCAAAUAUAUUAUUUUGUAAUCAAGAACUGAGUAAUUUACCAUUCUGGUUCAAUCAUAUGAGUAACUUAUUAUUGCCAGUGAUAAUGAUGAUUGAAGCUUUGCUAUGGGUACCAAGACCAGUUAGACUUCGAUAUUCCAUUCUGCUAAGUUGUGCUUUGGUGUUGAUUUACAAUAUUGUUGUUGAAGUUCUACACGUGAAAUAUGAAUAUACUCUGUAUCCUCAUAUGGAAAAAGUACAUGGCAUUCUACGUUAUCUGAUUUAUAUAGCCAUUUGGUUGUUUGUAAUCUUAGUAACUUAUCUGUCAAAUUUGUAUGUUCGUUUAGUGAAUUACUAUAUAAGAAGAUUAAAAAUAUCACCAGAAUAUUAA